AUGCGCCGGGCGGACGCACGGACCCGGUGCCGAGUAACGGACUCGAGCUCCCCCCGCCGGAAGUGGACGGCGGCGCGCCAGGAGGAGCGGCCUGUAACGUGGGGCAGCAGACCGCGGGCUACGUGGCUGGAAGCUCACGUUUCCCGGCUCCGCGCCAUGGAGGCCGCGAACGCGGUGCGGCUGCUCCUGGGCUUCACGGCUCUGUGGCUUUCGCUGCUCGGCUCCGGGACCGUCUCCGCGUCCAAGGCAGUGACGGCUCGCUUGGCGGCGAAGUGGCCCGAGACCCCGCUGCUGCCGGAGGCGAGUGAAUUUAUGGCAGAAGAAAGUAAUGAAAAAUUUUGGCAGUUUUUGGAAACUGUACAAGAAUUAGCAAUUUAUAAGCAAACAGAAUCAGAUUAUUCUUAUUACAGCUUAAUCCUGAAGAAAGCUGGACAGUUUUUAGACAAUUUACACAUCAACCUCUUAAAGUUUGCUUUAUCUAUAAGGGCAUACUCUCCAGCUAUUCAGAUGUUUCAGCAGAUUGCAGCUGAUGAGCCACCACCAGAUGGUUGUAAUGCAUUUGUAGUUAUCCAUAAGAAGCACACCUGUAAAAUUAAUGAGAUUAGAAAGCUGCUAAAGAAGGCUACUUCAAGGCCCAGACCUUAUCUGUUUAAAGGAGAUCAUAAAUUUCCUACAAACAAAGAGAAUGUACCAGUGAUUAUUCUCUAUGCAGAAAUGGGUACCAGAGCAUUUAGUGCAUUUCACAAAGUAUUGUCCAAAAAAGCACAAAAUGGGGAAAUUUUGUAUGUUUUUCGCCAUUAUAUUCAGAAACCCAGCUCACGAAAGAUGUACUUGUCUGGGUAUGGUGUGGAACUAGCGAUUAAGAGUACAGAAUACAAAGCAUUGGAUGAUUCCCAAGUUAAAACUGUGAUGAAUGCUACUGCAGAAGAUGAGACUGAAGCAAAUGAAGUUCAAGGAUUUCUCUUUGGGAAACUAAAAGAAAUAUAUCCAGCUCUGAGAGAUAAUCUGACAGCAUUCCAAAAAUACCUGAUAGAGAGUAACAAAGAAAUGAUACCCCUGAAAGUCUGGGAACUUCAAGAUCUUAGUUUUCAAGCAGCUUCUCAAAUAAUGUCCACUCCAGUUUAUGAUGCCAUUAAAUUAAUGAAAGACAUUUCACAGAACUUUCCCAUAAAAGCCAGAUCUCUAACCAGAAUUGCUGUAAAUCAACAUAUGCGGAAGGAAAUACAGGAAAAUCAAAAGGAUCUUCGAGAUAGAUUUGAAAUUCAGCCAGGUGAUGCUUAUUUAUUUAUAAAUGGCCUUAGUGUGGACAUGGAUGUUUAUGAUCCUUUUAGUCUUUUGGACAUGCUGAAAUCAGAAGGAAAAAUAAUGAAUGGCCUUUACAGUCUUGGGAUCAAUGGGGAAGAUAUGAGCAAAUUUUUUAAAUUAAGUCCACCUGUUUCGGAAAAUACUUAUGUAUUAGAUAUUCGGCAUUCUUCUAUAAUGUGGAUUAAUGACUUAGAAAAUGAUGAUUUGUAUGUUACAUGGCCUGCAAGUUGCCAUGAACUUCUGAAGCCAAUAUUUCCUGGAAGUAUACCAAAUAUAAGGCGUAAUUUUCAUAAUUUGGUUCUGUUUAUUGAUCCUGCUCAAGAAUAUGCCUUGGAUUUUAUAAAACUGGCUGAACUUUUCUAUUUUCAUAAAAUUCCUCUUAGAAUUGGUUUUGUGUUCAUUCUUAAUACAGAUGAUGAAGUUAAUGGAGCAAGUGAUGCUGGAGUUGCCCUUUGGCGAGCUUUCAACUAUAUUGCAGAAGAAUAUGAUGAAUUAGAAGCAUUUAUUUCUAUAGUGGAUAUGUAUGAAAAUGUGAAGGAUCAAAAUAUACUCACUGUGGAUGUUGUGAAAAGUGUUCUCCAAAAUAAAUUUCCUCAUGCUAAUAUUUGGGAUAUUUUGGGAAUUUAUUCUAAAUAUGAUAGGGAAAGAGAGGCUGGAGCAAACUUUUAUAAGAUGACUGGCCUGGGUCCUUUGCCUCAAGCUCUUUAUAAUGGUGAACCCUUUAGCAAUGAAGAGUUGAAUACUAAAGGACUAGAAAUGGCUAUUCUUCAUAGAAUGAUGGAUGCAUCUGUAGAUUUACAAAGAGAAGUUUUUAUGGGCACAUUAAAUGAUAUGACAAAUAUAAUUGAUUUUCUCAUGGACAAGAGUAAUGUUGUACCUCGUAUAAAUUCCUUGAUUUUGCACACUACACAUCAGUACCUUAAUUUAAUAUCUACAUCAGUAACUGCUGAUAUUGAAGAUUUCUCUACUUUCUUUUUCUUGGAUUCACAAGAUAAGAGUGCUAUAAUUGCAAAGAAUAUGUAUUAUUUAACCCCAAAAGAUGACAAUGUAAUUUCUACAGUCACUCUCUGGAUUAUUGCUGAUUUUGAUAAACCAUCAGGGAGAAAACUGCUUUUUUAUGCAUUAAAGCACAUGAAAACAAGUAUUCAUUGUCGACUGGGUGUUAUUUAUAAUCCUACAUCAAAAAUAAACGAAGAGAACACAGCUAUUUCUAGAGGAAUUUUGGCAGCUUUUCUUACACAGAAAAACAGUUUUUUGAGAAGCUUUCUCAUGAAACUGGCCAAGGAAGAAACUGCUAUAGCCAUUUACUCUGGAGAAAAAAUGAAAACAUUCCUUACUGAGGGCAUGGAUAAGAAUACUUUUGAGAAAAAGUACAACACUGUUGGAGUGAAUGUUUUCCGAACUCACCAGUUGUUCUGUCAUGAUGUUCUUAAACUGCAUCCUGGAGAACUAGGUAUUGUCAGCAAUGGGAAAUUCUUAGGACCUUUAGAUAAAGAUUUUUAUGCAGAAGAUUUUUACUUGUUGGAAAAGAUGACAUUUAGUAAUUCACUGGAGAAAAUAAAAGGCAUUGUUGAAAAUAUGAAAAUCAACUCAAAGAACAUGAGUGACCUUAUUAUGAAAGUUGAUGCUCUUAUUUGCUCUUUGCCUAAGCGUGCACCUCGCUAUGAUGUCACAUUUCUUAAAGAGAAUCACAGCAUUAUAAAGAUAAACCCUCACGAGAAUGAUAUGGUCUUUGAUGUCAUUGCUAUUGUUGAUCCAUUGACAAGAGAAGCACAGAAGAUGGCCCAGUUAUUGGUUGUACUUGGCAAGAUGAUUAACAUGAAGAUAAAAUUGUUCAUGAACUGUAAGGGUAAACUUUCAGAAGCCCCUUUAAAGAGCUUUUACCGUUUUGUUCUGGAACCAGAACUGAUAUCAGGGGCUAAUGACAUUCCUUCUCUUGGACCAGUGGCAAAAUUCCUGGAUAUCCCUGAAUCACCCCUUCUAACCCUCAACAUGAUUACGCCAGAAGGCUGGCUAGUUGAAAUAGUACACAGCAACUGUGACCUUGAUAAUAUUCACUUAAAGGAUACUGAGCGAACCGUGAUGGCAGAAUAUGAACUGGAAUAUCUACUACUUGAAGGACAUUGCUUCGAUACAAUGACAGAACAGCCUCCUCAGGGCCUGCAGUUUACACUAGGCACAAAAAAUAAACCUGUUAUGGUUGAUACAAUAGUUAUGGCCAAUCUCGGAUAUUUUCAGUUAAAAGCAAACCCAGGUGCUUGGAUACUGAAAUUACGCCAAGGAAAAUCAGAAGAUAUUUAUGAAAUAGUUGGGCAUGAUGGGACUGACUCUCAGCCAGAGCUGGAAGAUGUCAUUGUUGUGUUAAACAGCUUCAAAAGCAAGAUACUGCAAGUACAAGUGCAAAAAAAACCAGACAAAAUUAAGGAAGAUAUCCUUACUGAUAAAGAUGAAAAACAAAAAGGAAUGUGGGAUUCCAUUAAAAGCUUCACAAUAAGUUUGCAUAAAGAAGACAAAAAGGAUAAAGAUGUUCUGAAUAUUUUUUCAGUUGCUUCUGGCCACUUAUAUGAACGCUUUUUAAGAAUUAUGAUGCUUUCUGUUUUACGUAACACCAAAACACCAGUGAAAUUCUGGUUUCUAAAAAAUUAUCUCUCACCAACAUUUAAAGAGAUAAUUCCUUACAUGGCUAAGGAAUAUGGAUUCCAGUAUGAACUAGUCCAAUAUAAGUGGCCCCACUGGCUUCAUCCACAGACUGAAAAACAAAGGAUUAUUUGGGGUUACAAAAUUCUUUUUCUUGAUGUCCUUUUUCCACUAGCAGUAGAUAAAAUCAUUUUUGUUGAUGCUGACCAGAUUGUGAGACAUGACCUAAAAGAACUGCGAGAUUUCAAUCUGGAUGGCGCUCCCUAUGGGUACACUCCAUUUUGUGAUAGCCGCACUGAAAUGGAUGGAUACCGUUUCUGGAAAAAAGGAUACUGGGCAUCACAUCUUCUAAGAAGGAAAUACCAUAUCAGUGCCUUGUACGUAGUGGAUCUCAAGAAGUUCAGAAGAAUUGCAGCAGGUGACAGGCUCAGGGGCCAGUACCAAACUCUUAGUCAAGAUCCAAACAGUCUUUCAAACCUCGAUCAGGAUCUUCCCAAUAAUAUGAUUUACCAAGUUGCUAUUAAGUCUCUUCCUCAAGACUGGCUAUGGUGUGAAACCUGGUGUGAUGAUGAAUCCAAACAAAGAGCUAAAACAAUUGAUCUGUGCAAUAACCCCAAAACAAAAGAACCCAAACUAAAAGCUGCUGCCAGGAUUGUCCCAGAAUGGGUAGAAUAUGAUGCUGAAAUAAAACAACUACUAGAUCAUCUGGAAAACAAGAAGAAAAAUGCAAUUUUGACACACGAUGAACUCUAAACAGUUUUAUAUGAAAGGGACAGUGAAAGUAUGACAAGAAAUCUACAACCUUCUGGGGAAUUGUGGAACCACUGCUAAAGACUAUGUGGAAAUUUCAUUAAGAUCAGUGAUCACAUUCUUCAAAUUAAAAAAAAUCUUCAUUAUUUAAAACACAUGUAUUCAACAUAUUGAAUAAACUUAAGUUAUAUAAGAAAUUACCAUUGAGUGUUUAAAA